UUCCUCCGCGCCCGGCCCUCCUCUCACCUCCCGCGGGGCCUCCGGACGCGCUCCCCGGCAGGGCAGCGGCCUGCGGACGCCGGCGGCGGGGCGAGGUUUCCACGCUGUUGUGGUUCUUCUGGGGUUGUUUUUUUCUUGAUCUGGUAGGACUAGGAAACAGCUGCAGAGGGAUGAAGUCUCCACCUCUUCUCGUGGCUGUGCUCAUGGCAUGCAUCAUUGUUUUGGGUUUCAAUUACUGGAUUGCAAGUUCUCGCAGCGUGGAUCUGCAGGGUCGGAUCAUGGAUCUGGAAGGCAAAGUCCGCAGGGCAGCAGCAGAGAGGGGUGCUGUGGAGCUCAAAAAGAAUGAAUUCCAAGGGGAGCUAGAGAAGCAGCAACAGCAGAUCGACAAAAUCCAGUCCUUGCACAGCCUUCAGAUGGAAAAUGCCAACAGAGUACAUCAGGAAGAGAAGGCAGCGCUGAUGAGCAACAUCACAGUAAAUGAACGACUGAUCCAGAGUCUACGAGAACACUUGAAAGAGUUACAGACAGAAUAUGGAAGGCUACAGCUGGAUGUUUACUGGUUUCAGAAGAACCAGACUAACCUUCAGAGGAAGUUCUCUUAUGACCUGUCACAGUGCAUCAACCAGAUGAAAGAAUUAAAAGAUCAAUAUGAAGAAAGGAUAGAUGAGCUUACAAAAAAGGGUAGUGAUAUACCAGAAAUCAAAGAAAACAAAGACUUCUCAGAAGAUGCAAAAAAACAUAACCAGGCUGAUGUUCAGCUGCCAGCCUUGAAGCAAACAGAGUUGAAACAGGCUGACUUGGAACAGCAGAAACCUGAUGAAGAUGUACUUAAAGCAGUACCUACAGUAAAAAAGAUAGACCUGCAGGCUGAAGAAAGAAUAAACAGCCUAGCUGACACCAGAAGACAGGAGCCUAGAGCAGAAGAGGAAAAACUUCCCAGUGAACUGAAAAUGCCACAGGAUUCACUCAAGACUGCUGCAGUUCAUAAGCAGAUGCUGCCCAAGUCAGAGAAGGAGCUGAAUCCAUCUCAAGAUGAAAAACAUGGAGCUGGGCAAGAUACAUUAGAGCCACUAGCAGAGCAGGCUGCUAUUGAGGAAACAGAGAGGGAGCAGCUCCUAAACUAUGAUGCUAAGCAGGAUGACUUGCCCCCUGGAAAGGCUGACAACCAGGAACCACAUGAAGCACUGAACCAGGACAAGGAUGUUGAUUACAAUUUAGAUGAGAAUGAAGCUGAAUCAGAAACAGACAAGCAAGAAGCUCUUGCAGGGAUUGAAAAUGUUCAAAACCCGGAAGACAUCGAGAACCACUUACCUGAGCAAGCUGAAGUACGACAGAGGUUGUGAACAAAGGAGAUUCAUGAUGCAACUUCAUCACCAUCUUCUCACGUAAAUACAGCAGUGUUGAAAGUCAAAGUGAUCUGGGAAUGUUUUUGAUUAUCUUCUCAAGUCUUCAAUAAUGGCCCAAAUGAAGCAGUAUUUUCUUGUGAUUUUUGAGUACUAUUCAGUACUAUUUCAGUGCUGAAAAAAUAAUCUUCAAUCUCCAGGGGCUUGUUUUAAAGCAGCUUGACCUCUGCAAUCAAUGACUCUCUCCUUCCUAGUGAUUACAAAAUUGAAACCAGCCAGCAGCAAGUGUAGUAACUUUGAAGUUGGCUAACUUGUACAGUCAAAGUACAGUAACAGUUUGUGGGCAUAGGUGGUAGAUGAGGGAGUCCUCUGCCACGGAUGGACUUCUCCCAGGAGCAAUGCAGUAGAGAAAUUCCCAGCCUAGCUUUAAGAACAGCAUAAGAGGAGCUAACUUAAUAAAACAUGGGAAGGAUGAAAAACGGCCCAUGCUGCACCCUACCCAUGUGCCUAUCUGGCACCUUUUUACUGAAAUGUAGGCAAGACUCAGAAAGCAUGUCUAUAGUCCUUGUAUGUUACACAGUAUGAACUUUUCAUGACAGAAGCCGUCUGAAAUGGUGUGCUACAACUAAUACCCUCCACCAUCUUUUGCUAAAAUGCAGAAAGGCAGAUGCUCACCUUGUAGAACAGCAAUCAUCUCAGCUUUUCAAAGCAACUAAUCUGUGCUGGACUUGCAGGGACGAUAAACAGGACAACACAGUUACCAGACAUCUUGAGGUCUCCCACAGGUAAAGCUGUUAUGAAGUCUUAAAUGUUCUAUAUCCAUUGUCUCUUCUGUAACUUGUUGAAUGUAACGAAGGCACCUGUAACUGCAGUCCAACCUGCAUUUUGUGUAGCCAGCUGUUUGAAGACUGUAUUGUUGUGUUCUCAAGACUGACACCGGUUUGGAGCAAUCUUUUUGAGUAUGAACCAGCCUCCCUCAAGACAGUGUGAGAGCAGACAGACAUGACUGACUUCCCAACCAGCAACUCCCACUUCAGAAAACACAGCUUUGUCUUGGCUUUUUCUUCCUGCACGUCCAUUUUGUAAUUACUUUUGUGGUGUGUCAUUCCUCAGCAUACCAGUUUACAACUCUGGUACCUUAAGAUGUCUCAAUAUGCAUGUGAGAGGUUGGUUAUUUAGUAAAUGAUGAGUAUUAAUUGUCAUCAAUUGACAGACAGACCUCAAGUCAAAUGGUGCCUAUUUAGCCUGGAUACAUAAAACAGUUCACUGAUACAACUUGACACAAGUGACUUGAAUUCUUCUAAGAAAAGCACUAAUGUUGAUUACUGAGUUCCUGGUUCCUUUUUUUUUUCUUCACCAUUUCAGUCAGACUUAUUAACUGGUCUGGGCUACUACAGUCAAUAGAGCAGGGAAAACAAAUGCUUGUAAGCAGGAGAGAAAAGUAAGCAUAAGCAUCUCUUCUAACUGACAAGUAGUGGGAAGCUUGUAAUAUUAGGUUAUUUUUUGCAGAUAAUGGCAGGUUUUAAGGUCAAAAUGUUUACAUAUUCUGAGUAAAAAGGGCACUUUCUUAGGACUUAAUCUAUAAACAAUUAUGUAGCUGAGAUGAAGUGAAUCAGGAUUUUAUUAGCGACUGUUAGAAUAUAUGCUUUUUAACAGUAGAAAAAGUACAGUGAAACACUCUAUUCAGGUUGAACAGCUUUAACCUAAACCUGGUAAAAUCACAAACAAAAUCCUUAAGGUAAUUAAUAUGCUGCCAGUGAAUUAUUUUAAAGCAAAUUGUUUUGACUGGUUUUAUACAGCACCCAAACCCAAUUGGGCUUCUCACUGGUCAGCUAGAUGUAGUCCUCCACAGAAACAAGACCAGCUAUGUACCACGCACACUGGUUACACCUCUGACAGUAGAGUAUCUGAAAACCUGUGUAAAAGCAAUGAAGAAAUACAAUCUUAAUUCUCAACAGCUUCAAGUUCUACUGGAAUGUAACUGGUGGUAAAUUUCCAAGGGGCCUGUAUGUCUACCAUACAUGAUGUUAAAGAACUUCAGUUGUACAAAACGAGAUUCAAUUGUAACUGUGGUUUACUUAAAAGUGUAAAAAAUUUACUAAAAUGUUUAGUUUGCGGGGCAAGGCAAGCUCCUUUGCUGUAAUCACCUCGGGGUUAAAUUAAAACUACUUCUUGAUUUUUUUUUAAUUUUUUUUUUUAACUAAGCCUGAUCCAUAUCAGAUGAGCAUUUUAAAAUAAAAAUAAUAAUCUCUA